AUGAAGCUGUUCAUUGUUAUCUAUCGUUAUCUCUUCACUAUCGCAUUAUUGACCCGCAUUGCACAAUCUCUGCCACAUCUUCCUGAGGAGGUAGAUUGGAAUCUGAACCAAAAUGAAACCGCUACGAACCCUCUCGACUACUCGGGUCAGUGGGAUGGUCACUCAUACACUCCAUCUCCGGAUAACUGGCGUUUCCCAUUCUACACGAUAUUCCUCGAUAGAUUUGUAAACGGCGAUCCCAGCAACGAUGAUGCGAAUGGCACACAGUGGGAACACAUACUGACUUCCAAUCAAUUCCGUCAUGGCGGAGACGUUCUUGGCUUGGUCGAUACGUUCGAUUACCUUCAGGGCAUGGGAAUUAAGGGUAUUUAUCUCGCCGGAACGCCGUACAUUAACUUUCCCUGGGGUGCCGACGGAUAUUCCCCGCUGGACCUAACCCUGAUGGAUCAUCACUAUGGUACGAUCGACGACUGGCGCACAAUGAUAUCCGAGGCCCAUCGGAGGGGGAUAUAUGUUCUCUUCGAUAACACCUUUGGGACGAUGGGCGAUCUUAUUGGUUUCCAGGGCUACUUGAACAGGUCUGCGCCGAUCAAUCCCAGCGAAUACGACUACGUAUGGAAAUAUGAUCGUCAAUAUUGGGAUUUCAAACCCGGGAAUGAAAUCGAAUCACAGUGUCCCUGGGAGUAUCCAAGAUUCUGGGACGAUGAUGGGACUGGCUUGACCACAACCACACUUGGCGCUUCAUGCCGUGACAGUGAAUUUGACCAAUAUGGAGAAGUAGCUGCUUUUGGAAACUACACCGAAUGGGAAGGGCAGAUUGCCAAAUUUGCCUUUGUGCAAGAUCGUCUGCGCUCAUGGCGGCCCGACGUCCUGGCGAAGAUCAAACACUUCUCCUGUCUGACCAUCACCAUGCUUGACAUCGAUGGGUUCCGCGUCGAUAAGGCUCUUCAGGUGACCCUGGAUCAACUGGGCGAGUGGUCCGAGUCAGUGCGUGAUUGCGCCCAGCAAGUGGGUAAAGACAACUUCUACAUCCCUGGGGAGAUUGUCUCAGGGAAUGCCUUUGGAUCGUUGUAUAUUGGUCGCGGCCGCCAGACGAAUCAGACUAUCUCCAAUAUCACCGAGGCCUUUAUGAUGACGAACAAGACGGACAAGGCCACCGAGGAUCUCUUUCUCAGACCUACAUCGCAAUCCGCCUUGGACGGGGCUGCGUUUCACUACACGCUGUACCGAGGAUUGAGUCGGUUUUUAGGCCUGGAUGGUAUCUACGCCGCCGAAGGUGAUCCGCCAGUAAAUUUCAUCGAGACUUGGAAUGGCCUCGUGGAGACUAACGACAUGAUCAACAUCAACACUGGAAAGUUCGACCCGCGCCACCUGUUUGGUGUCACGAAUCAGGACGUUUUUCGGUGGCCAGCCAUCGCCAACGGUACCCAUAAGCAGAAUCUGGGGCUGUACAUCGCAUCGUUACUCAUGCCAGGAAUCCCCAUUCUCUCCUGGGGCGAGGAACAGGAUUUCUACAUUCUGGACAACCAGGCUGACAAUUAUAUCUUCGGUCGCGGCCCCAUGUCAUCUGCUCAAGCAUGGCAGCUUCACGGAUGCUACAAGCUCGGGGCAUCCAAAUAUGUCAACUUCCCGCUCGACCGCGCCCUGACUGGAUGCGGUGAUGAUUCCGUUAGCCUUGACCAUCGGGAUCCUUCCCAUCCUGUUCGUGGUCUUAUCAAAAUGAUGUUUGAGAUGCGACAGAACUACCCCGUUCUGAAUGAUGGCUGGUACCUUCAACAAUUGUCCAACCAUACCUUCGACAUCUACCUUCCCGGCAGUAAUGGAACUCCAACUGAGACGGGAAUGUGGAGUGUGAUGAGGUCCCGCUUUACAGACCUACAAAACUUCGAUGGUCAGGGUCAGGGUAACCAGAGUGUUUGGCUAGUGUAUUCGAAUGACAACAAGACGGUUGACCACCAGUUCAACUGCAGUAGCAAGGAUGCCCUGAUCUCGCCAUUCCCUGCAGGAACCACGGUGAAGAACCUGUUCUAUCCGUUUGAUGAAUUCGAAGGAUCGGAACUCCCCAAUGGAUGUUAUCCUCAGCUGACGAUGCCGGCCUGGGGUUUUAAAGCCUUUGUCCCCAAGGCUAAAUUUGUGAAGCCUUCGCCAUACAUAACACGCUUCAGCCCGGGGCACGAUGCGCGGUUUAUCUCCCAGGGAAAUGAUGGGGAGACCAUACAAAUCGGCUUCGAGUUCUCCCAGGAAAUGAAUUGCAGCCAAAUCACCGACUCGCUGACGGUGACGUCUAAAGCACUCAAUGAUGAGAGUGCUCGGAUCGACACGAAUUCAGUCUCAUGCAGUUCAUUUGCUGAGACACAAGUAGCGACAUUUCCUGGUGCCCUCACUAGCGUCUUUGGCUACCAGGUCAAUUUGACCAACGUUUAUCCUGGAGUCCACAUGAUCACUGUUAGCAACGUGACUACUAUGGAGGGAAACCAAUCAACCAACUCCGUUGAUCACUUCAUGUUUCGCAUCGGAGAGACGAACAAUCCCAUGGUGUGGCCGCAACUGGCCAACUACAGCCGAACUCUGCUAUUUGACACUCCAUCCCCUGCAACGGAACCCUUGUCUGUAAGGCCACAGGCUCCAGGGGCAGAUAUGUGGCGCUACUCGCUCGACUUCGGGGCUAAUUUCAGUCCCUGGAUGACAUAUACCGGGUUCAAUACGUCCAUCCCGGGUAAGAACUGGACCGGGACUGCGAAGCAAGCGUGGGAUGGAGAGCACAUCAUCGCCCAGUAUUGGAGCAAGCUCACGGGGAGUAGCGACCACUGGCAGCAUGGAGACUCUCAAUGGCAAUACAAACCACCUCGACGCUUUCCCAACCUCUUUAUUGAGGGUGAAUUUAAUCAGUUCGGAUACGACGCUGGCUACUUCAACACGAUGAGCCUCAGCAACGUCACUGGCGAUUGGGAGAUCCACUUCAUGGGCGAAUGGCCCGUACAGGUCGCAUUCAAUGCCUGGGGAAUCAAUGAAGAUGGCCUGCCCGACCAGACACAAGUCUAUGGGGAUAUCGACGGCGACAACGUCCUGGAUCAAGUUCCCCCCGUCACGCUUCUGAGCAAUGUGUUCAAUGUCACCAUCCCACCCCCCUCGCCUUAUCUAGCUUUUAGGCUUUCGGUGAAUGACGGCGAUCUGAGGGUCUACGCCACACCCACCGGAUCGAGAUGGGUCCAGCUAGCUCUCUUCAUCUUGCUAGCUGUCAUACCUGUCGCCACAGCCGUCGGGGCAGUGUUCAUUUACCUCAAGGCUUUUUACCAGGUCAAAUUCAAUCAAGUCGGUGUCACGGAGAAGACUUCGACGUUUGCACCGAUUCUGGGUGCCCUUAUGAAGAUAACCCGGUCUUCUAACGAAAAGGAAGCCAGCCCAGAAGAGACUCAGCGUUCCGUGAGCCCGUCAGGCCUUCCCACUGGAAGCGCCAUUGGAGCCAUUGUUAACACCCCACGACGCACUGUCCUUAUUGCCACCAUGGAAUACGACAUUGAAGAUUGGGCCAUCAAGAUCAAAAUCGGUGGACUAGGUGUAAUGGCUCAAUUAAUGGGCAAGAACCUUACCCACCAGGACCUCAUAUGGGUGGUUCCCUGUGUUGGAGGCGUGGACUACCCUAGGGAUGACCCGCGUGAACCCAUGGUGGUGACGGUCCUUGGGACAACAUACCAUGUUGAUGUUCAGUACCAUCGGCUGCAUAAUAUAACAUACGUCCUGCUGGAUGCGCCUGUGUUUCGAGCCCAAUCGAAGUCGGACCCGUAUCCUGCCCGGAUGGACGACCUCAAUUCCGCCAUUUUCUACUCGGCCUGGAACCAAUGCAUUGCUGAAGCCAUCAAGCGGUUCCCGCAGAUUGACCUCUACCAUAUCAACGACUACCAUGGUGCAGCAGCUCCACUCUAUCUCCUACCUCGAACAAUUCCAUGCUGCUUGUCUCUGCAUAACGCGGAAUUUCAAGGCUUGUGGCCAAUGCGAAACCCCCAGCAAAUACAAGAGGUCUGCCGAGUGUUCAAUCUGGAUCAGGCAGUAGUCAAGAGAUACGUCCAGUUCGGCGAUGUGUUCAAUCUCCUUCACUGCGCCGCGAACUACCUGAAAAUACACCAGAACGGAUUCGGGGCAGUGGGUGUCUCGAAGAAAUACGGCAAGCGAUCGUACGCCAGAUAUCCCAUUUUCUGGGGUCUCAAGAGCGUUGGAGCCUUGCCUAAUCCUGACCCAUCCGACUUGGCAGACUGGGACAGCAAUGCGAGCAAACAGCCCGAGGAGGUCACCAUCGACUUAGAGUUCGAGGCCAGCCGUGGCGCACUGAAAAAGCAAGCACAGGAGUGGGCAGGGCUGAAGGUUGACCCCGACGCUCAGUUAUUUGUCUUUGUCGGGCGCUGGUCCAUGCAAAAGGGCGUUGACCUUAUUGCGGACAUCUUCCCCUCUGUUUUGGAUGCUCACCCGAAGGUACAGUUGAUGUGCAUUGGACCAGUCAUCGAUCUGUAUGGGAGGUUUGCGGCUUUAAAGCUGAACCGGUUGAUGGAACUCUAUCCAGGGCGUGUCUAUUCCAAGCCAGAAUUUACUGCACUACCUCCCUUCAUCUUCAGUGGCGCUGAAUUUGCAUUGAUUCCAUCGCGGGAUGAACCGUUUGGUCUUGUGGCUGUCGAGUUUGGCCGCAAAGGAGCUUUAGGCGUGGGAUCACGGGUCGGUGGCCUUGGACAGAUGCCAGGAUGGUGGUACACAAUUGAGUCGAUGACAACGAAACAUCUCAUCCACCAGUUCAAACUUGCCAUCAACGAUGCUCUGAGAUCAUCUCAAGAAACACGCGCUAUGAUGCGUGCACGGUCAGGCAAGCAGCGGUUCCCCGUGGCGCAGUGGGUCGAGGAGUUGGGUAUUCUACAAACUACUUCCAUCAUAAAGCACGCAAAACACUCGAAAAGCCAGGAUCGCAAUUCUUGGAGGGUAUCCGGUGUCAGUGCAAUGGUUCCCGAUAGACCUCGCAACUUCCGGUUCUCAUCGAGCUCAAAUACCAGUCGCGAACAGAGCCGUUCACGCAGCUCAGACAACUCGGGUCCCCCCAGCAGGCCCAUUACUGCAGACGCAAAACAAGCCGUUGCUAGGCCAGGCCACAGCCAUGUUGCCUCAUUGCCAGCAAAUUUGCCUUCGAACCCCAACAUGUUCAAUGAUUCUGACACUGACAACGAGCCAAGACGCAGACCACUAUCCUCCACCCCCCGCGGAGGUCCUCGCAUUGUUUAUACUCUUGGCAAUGACGACCAAGAUCUCGAGAACAUGACAAGUGUCACCCAAGAUGACUUCAGCCCUCAUCUUGCCUCGUAUCUGUCGCCAUCCGGAGCACCAAAUACUCCGCCAACCUUUGCUAACUCUGGGGCCAGUACCCCCACCCUCGGCGCCGGACCGGACGAUGGUCUGCUAGGACGAAGGAACCUAAGCCCGUCGAUGAUGAGUCUUGUUAGCAUCCAUGACAUCGUCAAGGAGAAACAAGACUACAACCUCCAGAAAGUCAAUCCGUUUUUCACAGAUGCCAAUCAUGAGUACGCAGCGAAGUUUGAACGGAAGCUUGCCGGCCUGAACGGCAAAAACUCUGAGGACCAGUUGUGCAUUGAGGAAUUCAUCGAAAAAAGCGAGAAGGACUGGUUUAACCGGUACCGAGAUGUCAAACUGGGCAAAUCACCUCUCCCAUCUCCAUCUCCAUCUAUCUUUCGCUUCAAAGUUCAGGACGCAAGUCGACCACCUACCCCUCCAGUCAAUGGAGCUGCUGAGGAUCCAAACGGAGGGCAAUUCCUUCUUCCGAAGGAUUACGUUCCUCCUACAGGCUUGAAGCGUUUCAUGCUGAUCAAGCUGGGCGACUGGCCCUUGUAUUCAAUUGUGCUUGCUAUCGGCCAAAUUCUCGCCUUGAACUCCUAUCAAAUUACUCUGUUGAACGGCGAGAUCGGAGAGACGGCAGAAAAGCUGUACAUCCUGGCUACGAUUUAUCUCGCGUCCUCAAUGAUCUGGUGGAUGGUUUUCCGGCUUGUUCCAUCAGUUUAUGUGCUAACCAUCCCUUACCUGUUGUACGGAUUAGCCUUCCUGUUCGUUGGAAUCGCGGGCCCUGUUGGCAACAGCACCAGCCAGACGUGGCUACAGAAUGUGGGCACCGGGCUGUAUUCGUUUGCAUCUUCCAGUGGAUCCAUCUUUUUCGCCCUAAACUUUGGAGAUGAAGGCGGGGCGCCUCUCAGCUCCUGGAUUUACCGAGCAACGGUAAUUCAGGGUAGCCAGCAGCUAUGCAUCAGUUUCCUGUGGUACUGGGGUAGCUGGAUGGCAAGCCUCAACCAAGAAGGCAGUACGCGAUUCAGUCUUAGCAUAACUGACCCAAACGUGUUGCUCGGGGUCGGCAUCGGCCUGGCUUGUGUGCUGUGGCUGUUGGGGGCCUUGGUAUUCUUCGGACUCCCGGCAUACUAUCGGCAGACUCCUGGUCGGGUCCCAACCUUCUACCUCUCGCUCUUCCGGCGUCGGGUCAUCCUGUGGUUCUUCUACAUGGUUUUCAUCUCCAACUACUGGCUAUCAGCACCGUAUGGGCGGAACUGGCUGUACCUUUGGUCCAGCAAGCACGCCAAGGUGUGGCAGAUCAUUCUCCUAGUCCUUCUCUUCUUUGUCGUGGUGUGGGCAGCUGCGCUCUGGGUAUUUCACGUGCUUUCCAAGCGACAUGCCUGGUUCAUCCCCAUCUUUGCCAUUGGGCUGGGAGCCCCUCGAUGGGCGCAGAUUCUAUGGGCCACUUCCAACAUUGGCACCUAUAUUCCUUGGGCGGGUGGACCAGUUGCUGGAGCCCUUCUCGGACGGGCGCUUUGGUUAUGGCUUGGGGUUCUGGAUAGUCUUCAGGGUAUUGGGUUUGGAAUGAUCCUUCUAAACACCAUGACUCGUUUCCAUGUCACCUUCACCCUCCUGGCAGCGCAGGUGGUUGGUUCGGUAGCCACCAUUCUGGCUCGAGCUACAGCUCCUGAUAAGUUGGGGCCAGGCAAUGUUUUCCCUGAUUUCUCGGCAGGGGUGACCGCCGGGUUGAGCAAAGCGGAUUUUUGGGUGUGUCUGCUGUUGAUGCUCUCCAUCAACGUCAUCUGCAUCUUUUUCUACCGCAAAGAGCAGCUUUCAAAACCAUAGUCAUUGCAUAUACUGUAGUCUAACUCUUUUGAACCAGUCUCUUGGUUGUAGAGAUCUGGUCAGCAUCAUUUGGAGUAAUUGGGCGACUUUUGUCUAGUGUUCAUGUUUGGUUCAAUUACCGCGGAGAUAUAUAAAUUGUACAUCUUUUUCUCCGAACGAUGUACAUGGGAGAUGUUUGCUCCAUGUGAAGUGUGAGAGACUGGGUUUUGGGUAUAUAUUUGAAUAAUGUUGGUAGCAUACAACCGAAU